AUGGCGCCAGAGGAGAGUGUGGAAGCUUCUUGCCUGCUGCAGAGUUUCAAGUGCUGCUUCCUGGUGGCAUGCACGCUGCACUCCUUCCCCUGGCAGGUGCUUUUCUACAUGAACAAGGUGAUGCGGGGCCUCUCCAUCUGCAACACCUGCCUCCUGAGAAUGCUCCAGGCCAUCAUCAUCAGGUCCAGCACCUCCUGGUUGGCCAGGUUUAAACAGAAACCCACCUGUUCCAUCUACCAUUCCUUCUUCUUCCGUACAUCAUCCAGAGCCUGUUUUCCAUACUGCCACUACUUAGAGAUGCCUGCUUUUCAGGAAUUAUGCUGCUCUCAAGUGCAGGCAUCUGAGGCAUUCCCAGCACCUUCACACCACCAGCCCCUCCCUACAGAGCUCCCCAAGGAAAAGGGCCUCCCAGACCCUUCUGCUGCAGCUGAGAUGGAAGACAAGUUAUCGAUCCCUGAAGAGUGCAGUGCUGCUAUGAAUAAAGUGUUAUCUUAUGAGCUGCACAUCAGUGAUGCUUAUUUAUCUAUGGCCUGUAAUUCCAUUGAUGAAUCAGUACAACCUAAUUUUGCCACAUUCUUUGAAGACCAAGCUAAUGUGAAGAGGGAAAAUGGAAAGGAAUUCCUAGAAUAUCUAGGAAAAUAUAGGAAUAAAAUCUGCCUUCCAGUGUUUAAGAGGCCUGAGAUCGAUUACUGGGGAACCGGCAUAAGCGCUCUAGAGUGUGCUCUGGAAUUGGAAGACCAGUUAACCAAGCUCCUGAUGGACCUGAAGACCACAGCUUCUGCCAAGAAAGAACGUGAUGUCUUAGAAUUCACAGGAAAGUACCUGAAAGGACAGAAGAAGAGCACAAAAAACCUACAAAUCAAGAUAGGAUAUUGUAAGGAAUUUGAGAAGCAGGCCCAGAAGGAGGAAAAGCCUGCUGAAAGUUAG